UUUGAGUCUUGAACGAGGGUGAGUUGGAGGCCUCUUGGCCCUUCUAUAAAGUAUACAUUACCUGUGGCUGAGGCAUUGAGCUGGGUUACCAGGAAUUUUUUCCCAUUAACAGCUUUGUCACUCUCUUUAACUGCAUACGUGGCCUCUAAGCUGAUCGAGUUAAAUAAUAAAGGGUAGUUGAAGAAGUAGAAGACGAAGGAACACAAGCUUCUUAAGCAAAUUGGGGAUGGCUGUGGCAUUCCCAAUUUCAGUCACAGCAUUCUCAACAUCAACAACAACAAGAAAACCAAUACAACCCAUCAAACAAAUCACAUCAUUCGCUGCUUCAACAGAUUCGUCUCAGCAGCCAACCGCUUUUAAACACCGCCCUGCUGUUAUUCUUCCAGGGUUGGGCAACAAUUCAAGUGAUUAUGAUAAAUUGGCACUUACCUUGAAAGGCUAUGGUGUGCCUUCGGUGGUUGCAAAGGUCUCUAGGAUUGAUUGGUUCAGGAAUGCAGCGGGUCUCGUCGACCCUAAUUAUUGGCGGGGAACUCUACGUCCUCGGCCUGUUCUUGACUGGUAUCUUCUGAGGGUUGAUGAGGCCAUUCAGGAGGCAAAUCAACUAGCUGAAGGUCACAGUCUGUCCUUAAUUGGACAUUCAGCUGGAGGAUGGCUUGCACGUGUCUACAUUGAGGAAUUUGGACUAUCAAAUAUUUCCUUAUUAUUGACCCUUGGAACCCCUCACUUACCGCCCCCCAAGGGUUUGUCAGGAGUCAUUGAUCAAACUAGGGGCCUCUUGGAUUAUGUUGACAAACAUUGUGCAAAAGCUGUUUAUACUCCACAGUUGAAAUAUGUAUGUAUCACAGGGAGGUAUAUUCAAGGGGCUCGCUUUUUUGACAAUUCCAAUCUGAGUUCAGAUCCCGCAGUCACGAUUGAGAAUGAUGCACCAAUGACUGAGGUUGCUGCAAUUGGAAAUAGUAAUAAAUCAGCAACAACUACUAAUGGUAUGCGUGCUCGCAUUGUUGGUCAAGGGUAUAAGCAGGUUUGUGGGCAGGCAGAUGUCUGGGGUGAUGGAGUAGUACCUGAAGCAUCAGCACAACUGGAGGGUGCCUUGAAUAUUAGCUUUGAUGGAGUUUACCAUUCUCCAGUUGGUUCAGACGACAUGCUUAGACCAUGGUAUGGCUCAUCGGCUGUUGUGGAGAAAUGGAUACAUCAUCUUAUCAGUUAACUGGAAACAUAGGUUAAAAUCCAUAGCCAUUAUCCACAUUUGUUUAUAGAUUGUAUGCUUGCAAUACUGGAUUAUUUUUGUUUACCCUUAAUUCAUUUCCUCCCAAAUCUGUAUUUUAGGGCCUAAACCUUAGACCCUCUCCUGUCCUUGAGGACAAGCUCAUGAAGCUCUCUUUUAUUUUAGUCAUCAUAUUAGGACAAUUAACUCAUGCCUCAUAUCCGACCAAUCGAAUCAGGCUUUUUCUGCAUCCUUCAACAAUAACUGUCCAGGUAUUAUGAGGAAAAUGCAACAGAAUCUCCCUGCUGCAACUGAGUUUCUGA